AUGAGAGUGAAUCUACCGCAUGACUCAGUGAAUGGAGAAAACCACUCAGUAGUGUCUGAAUUUGUGCUCCUGGGACUGUCCAAUUCUUGGGAGAUUCAGAUGUUUCUGUUUUGUUUUUCUAGCGUCUUGUAUGUUUCCAGCUUGACAGGAAACCUCCUCAUAGUCAUCACUGUGUCCUCUGAGCCUUACUUGCACUCCCCCAUGUAUUUUCUGCUGGCCAAUCUUUCUGUGAUUGAUUUGAUAUUUUGCUCCAUUGCAACCCCCAAGAUGAUUUGUGAUCUUUUCAAGAAGAAGAAAGUCAUCUCGUUUGGGGGCUGUAUGGCUCAAAUCUUCUUCAGCCACGCUGUUGGGGGUGCUGAGAUGGUGCUGCUCAUAGCCAUGGCCUUUGACCGCUACGUGGCCAUCUGCAAGCCUCUGCACUAUCUGACUAUCAUGAGCUCACGGCUGUGCACUUUGAUAUUAGUGCUUGCCUGGGUCAUUGGUCUCGUCCACUCCUCCACCCAGUUGGUUUUUGUUGUAAAUUUGCCCUUCUGUGGCCCUAAUGUGUUAGAUACCUUUUACUGUGACAUUCCUCGCCUCAUCAAACUUGCUUGCACAGACACCUUUAAACUGGAGCUCAUGAUCACUGCUAAUAGUGGGUUCAUUUCCUUAGGGGCUUUCCUCCUGCUUGUUCUCUCCUACAUCUUCCUCCUGGCCACUCUUCAGAAACACUCCUCCGGAGGCUCAUCCAAAACACUUUCCACUCUGUCGGCUCAUAUUACGGUGGUGAUUUUAUUCUUUGGCCCACUGAUUUUUUUUUACAUGUGGCCAUCUCCCUCAACACAUCUGGAUAAAUUUCUAGCCAUGUUUGAUGCAGUUUUGACUCCUUUUCUAAAUCCAGUCAUCUACACAUUGAGAAACAGAGAGAUGAAGAGAGCGAUGAAGAGAGUAUUCAGGCAGCUCGUGGGCCUUAGAAGAGUUACUUAA